UCUAAUAUAUUCAUUAUUUUGGACUUCAUGAAGGAAAAAGAACUGCACUUUUAAAAUUGCAGCACUCCUAAAGAAAAGAGCUGUUGCGGAAUUUAGCCAAGUAGUACAGGAAGAACCAAAGCCCAUCAAGAAGCUUAAACUGGUGCAGAGACCACCAGCAAAGGAAGUUCAUCUUAAUUUACAAGGCGUAACAAACUCCCAGCAGGCUCUACAGCAGUUACUGAAGUUCGAGGAGAGCCUCAUUGAAGGGGACCAGGUUCUUGUUAAUGUGACACAGGAACUUAUUGAACAUUUUCAACAAGAAAAGGAGGCCAUUGUCAGAAGAAAGGUAGCCCAGCUUCUUGGGAGUAUUGGAAUGGUGCCUCAUUUUAGUGCUGAAAAUCUAGUGGAGGAUGUCAAGAUUUUACUGAAGAGUGAAAGGUCACACAAGGUCAAGGCCGAACUGAUCCACAGCCUCUGUGUCCUUGGAAAAGCAGUACCAGAAAGACCAGAGCUACAAGCAUCCAUCAUUACUCUAGCUAAGCAACAUUUGAAGGACCCUGACCACAGAGUUCGAUGUUCCUGUCUGGAGUUAAUUGGUGCCAUUGGAUCUCCUGAACAGGAAAUUGCAGACGACUCCCAGGAACCUUUUAUCCCAAUCCAGACAUUACUAGCAGGUUUCUGUGGAGACCAAGAUUCCAGAGUCAGGGCUAGUUCUUUUAAUGCAAUGUUACAGUUCCAUCAGAGGGGACUUCCCUUACGAUUGUCGAUCUACCAGCAAGCUUGCCAGUCUCUGACCGAUGAUUUUGAAAAUGUCAGAUUGUCAGCCAUGAAACUGAUAUGGGUUCUCAGUCACCUUUAUCCAGACAGCCUGGUUCCUGUUGCGGAUUCUGAAGAUGAACUUCGAUUGGUAGAUGAUGGAUUUGCUAAGAUAUGCAAUAUGGUGAAUGACAUUUCAGUCAAAGUAAGAACAGAGGCAGCUAUCUUAUUGGGAUCAUUACACCAAGUUAGUCCUAAAUUUCUGGAACAGACAUUAGAUAAAAAACUUAUGUCCAACAUGAGGAGGAAGAAGAGUGCCCAUGAAAGGGCAAGGGAGCAUUUUGCCUCUGGAGAAUGGGCAACUGGGCAGAAGUGGGCUGAUGAUGCACCUAAAGAAGAACUUGAUCCAGACAAUGUUAACCUGAUGAACAUUGGGGCCUGUGGAGCGUUUGUUCAUGGCACGGAAGAUGAGUUCCUAGAGGUGAGAAAUGCUGCCUUGGACUCGCUGUGUGAACUCGCCAGUCAGUCUGCAUCCUUUGCUAACCUAUCUCAAGACAGCAUCAUAGAUAUGUUUAAUGAUGAGAUAGAGAGUGUGAGACUCAAUGCCAUUAACAGUCUGAGAAAACUCAACAGAUACAUCACUCUUAGGGAGGAUCAGCUAGAGAUCAUACUUGGGGUGCUACAGGAUUUUUCUACCACAACUCGAGAUAGUUUGCGAGACAUGCUUGGUGAGAUGAAGCUGGCAACUCGUGAAUGUUUAAGCAAAUGCAUCUACAGUCUCCUAGAUAACCUAAGACGUUACCCCCAGGACAAACUGUCCAUCUGGAAGUGUAUGAAAAACCUUGGGAGUCAUCAUCCACAUUUGGCCCUUCCUCUUGUUCCAGAACUCCUCUGUCUUCAUCCAUACUUUGAUACACCAGAACCAGACAUGGAUGAUGCUGCCUACAUCAGUGUCUUGAUGAUGGUGUUUAACUCAGCUGUAGAAUGUCCCACAGUGAUGACUAUGUUCCAGGAUCAUACAUGGAGACAUUAUCAUUAUCUACAAGACAGCCUACCUGACCUUGUCCCAAAACUCAAGAAGAACUUGUGUGCUCUGAAAGGGAGUGAAGUUGAUAAGCCUUUCCACACAGAUGUGAGGUCUUUCCUUAAGAACUUGUUAAGUGGAUUGGACAGCCUGCCCAAUAUGGACCUAACCACUGUACAGCCAUUGUUGGAGAGCAUGGUCAGGGAUCUACAACAGAUUUCAGAACUAAAUGAGAUUUGUAGUCCAUCAGCAGAGUUUGUGUGUGUUUUCCUCAAAAGUCAACUUCUGCUCACAAAGUUGAUGAGUCAACAAGGAGUGCAGUGCAGCAGCAGCAUAGCAGAUAACCAGGUGUUGUCCUUAAUUGACCAGAUUUUGGGAUUGACGCAGAAAUUGCAGCAUCUUUACCUUGGGGUUAGCAGCACAGAGCACUCUCUGAUUCAACAGACAAGUCUCAAAGCCUGUACACUGCAGAUCUUAACGAAGAUGAAGGCAGACCCCACCAGGUGUAGUAAAGCUAAGGAAACCUACCUGGAACAGCUACAAGCUCUCAAAAAAUUUUUAGAUUCCAAUGAGCUUUCAGCAGAUCCCUGUUUUGUGUAUCUCUUCUCUGUACUUAAUGACUUGGAGAAUGGGAAAAUAUCAGACAUUCUUAAACAUCUACAGCACGCUGUCAAAAACAUAACACCUUGUGGAAUAGUUCUGCAGAACACCUGUAUAAGAAAGGUGACAGCCAUUAUGCAUGAACCAACAGGCUCCUCAGAUAACCCAGUCCGGUUCACAGCGGGUUUGACUGUCACCAUUCCGGUUCAUGCUACAUUAGAAAAUGUCCAAAAUCCAGGCAGUAUCAGGUUAAAGAUUCACUAUCCUGACCAGAAGAGCUAUCUCAUCACUCCACAAAGGAAUCAUUUCACCAAGCUGAGUCCACUAUAUCAUAAGUUAGUGUCUCAGGUCAUCGUAUCUCACUCCCUUUGGUCAGAUCAGUCCCAUGUAGAAAUCAGUAUUGUCAUGGAAAUUAAAGAUGGUGAGUCCGUGAGUUGUCAGGAACUGUGUCCACCAGUCCGAGUACCGGUUGCUCCCAAAGCAGCCAAACAUUGACAUUUUGCUUCAAUGAUAUU